AGCCGUAACUAGCAGAGAACUUCAGUCAAGUCUACGUAAUGGGUGGAUCGAUGGAUCGAUCAAUAAGAAUAAAAUGGCAGGAGUAUGUGCAGCAGGUGGUACCAGUUAUUCGUGGUUACGGUCCUGAUCCAGUCCAGGCUGCCGGGAGGCCUUUCAACUCGAUUCGUGUAUACCCUGUAUACAGUAUCCGACAAGACGUGAAUUUAAUUUUGAUCGUGGUUACCUUAAUCGAAAAGAUUAAUGGUUUUUCGAGUGGUGCACCAUUAAAAACUUGCAUCGAUUUGACACCUAAACACAGUGGUGGCCAAAUACAAACUUCGUAUCCACCUUAUCAAGUAUUACCGGCCGCAGGACAGGGCAGAGUUCGGCUUAUUCUUGGAAGCCCUCAAGGACUUGCUUAUCAAGGUUUCUUCAUCCUUGCUAGAGACGUUGAAAGUGGUGAAUUGAUUGGCGAGUUCAGCAACUUGCCUGAUAAUGCUAAAUUUGUUGAAUGUACAACUGGUGUUAACAACGCUGUAACGCAUACUAGUAAAGAAAAAAAACAUAAUUUAGAAUUCGAUUGGAUCGCACCGCCACAGUAUGAGGGUACCAUUAUAUUUAAUUCUACAUUCGCUCAGGAUUACGCCACGUAUUGGGUUGGUGUUGAGUCACCGAAGGUUACUGUUCUUAAACGAUCCAUCGAUGUUUUAACAUCGUCGACAUCCUCAACGACCUUGAGAACAACCACACCACCAUAUUAUAAUCCAAGGGACGACGAAAAGGAUGAUAAUGAAGAUGAUCCAUUUUAUGAAGGAUGCAGUGAAACAAAGAAUUGUUUCGGAUUGCCUGACGGUUGUCUACAAACAAAGAAUUGUAAAAUUGCUGUAUCUGUGUUAGUACGUGGAGACAGAUAUCUUUUUGAGAUGCAAGGAAGGGAAGGAAAAUAUGUGGCAGUUGGAUUAUCAGAAAAUAAUAAAAUGGAUGACGACAGUGUGGUGGAAUGUACAAACGAUGGAAAUGAUAUCAAAUUAUACACGUCAUGGAAUACUCCUAACAAGCGUAACGAGCGACACAGAUUGCAACAAGGUUCGGUACAAUUGGAAUCGGCCUCGUCGAUCGGUGAUCAAAUAAAUUGCAAAUUUUGGAGAGACAAGAUAACCGUAGCCCAAGGUCACAAAUUUGAUCUCGUCAAUAAGCCAUAUUAUCUUUUGUUAGCUCAAGGUGCCGAAUUGGGAGCCAACGGUAUUGGAUAUCACGACCUACUUCGUGAUUCCACAGGAGAAGCAAAAUUGUUGUCCGACGUUGGUUCAUUCACGGUGUCGAAUAAUAUGUUGAUUCAUAUUCAUGGUUCCUUAAUGAUCGUAGCAUGGAUGGGUACAACCUCUGUUGCUAUACUUUUAGCAAGAUAUUACAAACAAACUUGGGUACAUUCGAGAAUGUGUGGAAAGGAUCAUUGGUUUGCUUUCCUGGGUUAUGCACCAGAUAGAGAAUCAUCCCAGAGGGGGGAUUCAUUUCCCAUGAAGGACAUGAGUCCACGUGGACAAAUGACGAGCUCGGAUACGAGAAUGGAAGCACCCCGAGCUGGUCUGAGAAAACUAAUUCUAGGCAUCUACGUUUUAAUAAUCAUCGUUUUUCUUGCAAUUUUGAUUACCAUCGUUGUAUUAGCACCGAUCGAAGAAACGUGGUCGUCCAUUAAAAAUACCAUCUCAAGUUACUGACCUAUUUUAGAAUAAAAAAAAAGAAAAAAACCCUCCCAAAAAAAUGAAAAAAAAAA